UCGAAUUAGAAUUAGAAUCGGUACCAACUCCUAGUACAUCUCGUAUCUCAUUACACGCCUAAUUUAUUUAACUUGGCGGAAUUGAAGCAGUGUGCUUCUAUGGUACAAAUUGAUGUGUGAUCUUGCAGGAGUAGCUGAUUCCGGAAGAAAAAGACCACCCCUCUCUACCUCUCUGUAGAAGUGGCAUAGAUCGCCGUCAAUAAUCAUGCUCUCGCUGCAGGGAGAAGCGCGGCAGCACCACCUGCAACAGCAGCAGCAGAACCACCUGUCAAUUCCUCGGAUUUCUUUCGAUGGAAUGAGCCAAGCUGGCGUUGAUCAGAGGGCUGAUUCCUCCUUCUCCUUGCAAUCCGUGUCCUCGGUUUUGUCAUCCACCAACAUCAAGCCCGAGUUACCCUACGAAGGUGAUGAGGAUAUACUCUUGAACCUUGCUCACCAAAAUUACAAAGCUGGGAAUUAUAAGCAAGCAUUGGAGCAUAGCAAGAGCUUUUAUGAGAGAAAUCCAAGCCGCACAGAUAAUCUUCUUCUUCUUGGUGCAAUUUAUUAUCAGUUGCAUGAUUUUGAUACAUGCAUUGCAAAGAAUGAAGAAGCUCUCCGUAUAAAUCCACGGUUUGCUGAGUGCUACGGAAAUAUGGCAAAUGCUUGGAAGGAAAAGGGAAAUAUUGAUGUCGCAAUCCGCUAUUAUUUGAUUGCAAUUGAGCUUCGUCCCAACUUUGCGGAUGGAUGGUCAAACUUAGCUAGUGCAUACAUGAGAACAGGAAGACUAAGUGAAGCAGCACAGUGUUGCCGCCAAGCUCUUGCAUUAAAUCCACAGCUGGUUGAUGCACAUAGCAAUCUUGGAAAUUUCAUGAAAGCACAAGGGCGAGUUCAAGAGGCAUACAAUUGCUAUGUUGAGGCUCUUCGCAUACAACCUACAUUUGCUGUUGCAUGGUCCAAUCUGGCUGGCCUCUUUAUGGAAGCAAGUGACUUCAACCGGGCCUUGCAAUACUACAAGGAAGCUGUCAAGCUCAAACCAAAUUUUUCGGAUGCAUACUUGAACCUGGGAAAUGUCUACAAGGCUCUGGGGAUGCAUCAAGAGGCUAUUGUGUGUUAUCAGCAUGCUCUCCAAGUUCGACCAGAUUAUGCCAUGGCUUAUGGAAACUUAGCUAGCCUGUACUUUGAACAAGGAAACCUGGAGUUGGCAAUAUUUAAUUAUAAGAGAGCUAUUUCCUGUGAUGCUGGAUUCUUGGAGGCAUAUAAUAAUCUGGGCAAUGCACUGAAAGACACUGGCAGAAUUGAAGAAGCAAUAUGUUGCUAUCGUCAAUGCCUCUCGCUCCAACCAAAUCACCCUCAAGCUCUAACUAAUCUUGGAAAUAUUUACAUGGAGUGGAACAUGACGAGUGCUGCUGCACAAUGUUACAAAGCAACUUUGAAUGUGACAACCGGGCUCUCUGCUCCUUUUAACAAUUUAGCCAUAAUUUACAAACAACAGGGUAAUUAUGUAGAUGCCAUAUCAUGCUAUAAUGAAGUACUCAGGAUUGAUCCUUCAGCAGCUGAUGGACUAGUAAACCGUGGUAAUACAUAUAAAGAAAUAGGUAGGGUUAAUGAAGCAAUUCAAGACUAUCUCCGAGCUAUUGCCAUCAGGCCAUCAAUGGCUGAAGCUCAUGCAAAUUUAGCUUCAGCUUACAAGGACAGUGGCAAUGUAGAAGCAGCAAUAAAAAGUUACCGGCAAGCAUUGCUGCUACGGCCUGACUUCCCAGAAGCAACUUGCAAUCUGCUUCACACCUUACAGUGCGCUUGUGACUGGAAUGAUCGAGAGAAGAUGUUUGUUGAAGUUGAGGGGAUACUUAGAAGACAGAUCAAGAUGUCAGUUUUGCCAAGUGUGCAACCUUUCCAUGCAAUUGCAUAUCCUCUUGACCCACUACUUGCUUUAGAGAUCAGUCGGAAGUAUGCCCAGCAUUGCUCCUUAAUUGCAUCUCGCUAUUCGCUUCCUUCUUUUAGCCAUCCUCCUCCAUUUCCCAUUAAGGGCGGUGGCAGGAACAGUCGACUGAGAGUUGGGUAUGUUAGUAGUGAUUUUGGCAACCACCCAUUAUCACACCUAAUGGGAUCUGUAUUUGGUAUGCAUGAUAGAGAAAGUGUUGAGGUCUUCUGCUAUGCUCUAAGUCAAAAUGAUGGUACUGAAUGGAGGCUGCGCAUCCAGUCAGAAGUUGAGCAUUUUAUUGAUGUAUCAUCCAUGUCAUCUGAAAUGAUAGCAAGAAUGAUUAACGAAGAUCAAAUACAUAUUCUUAUCAAUCUUAAUGGUUAUACAAAGGGGGCUAGAAAUGAGAUAUUUGCCUUGCAGCCUGCUCCGAUCCAGGUUUCAUACAUGGGAUUCCCUGGAACAACUGGAGCCUCUUAUAUACAUUAUAUAGUGACUGAUGAGUUUGUCUCACCCACAAAAUACUCAAAUAUUUAUUCUGAGAAGCUUGUUCAUCUACCGCAUUGUUAUUUUGUUAAUGAUUAUAAGCAGAAAAACCGAGAUGUACUAGAUCCAAAAUUCCAACCAAGGCGCUCAGACUAUGGACUGCCAGAAGACAAAUUUAUAUUUGCUUGUUUCAAUCAACUCUACAAGAUGGACCCAGAAAUAUUUACAACCUGGUGUAGUAUUCUUAAGCAUGUACCAAACAGUGCGCUUUGGCUUCUCAGAUUUCCAGCUGCUGGUGAAAUGCGGCUUCGUGCCUAUGCAGCUGCACAAGGGGUACAACCAGAUCAAAUCAUAUUCACAGAUGUUGCAAUGAAGCAGGAGCAUAUAAGACGCAGUUCUUUGGCGGAUUUAUUCCUUGACACGCCCUUGUGCAAUGGCCACACAACUGGAACGGAUGUGCUUUGGGCUGGUCUACCAAUGGUGACUCUUCCUCUCAAGAAAAUGGCAACAAGAGUGGCUGGUUCAUUGUGUUUGGCUACAGGUUUGGGGGAUGAGAUGAUUGUCAGCAGUGUGAAGGAAUAUGAAGAGAAGGCGAUAUCACUGGCACUUAAUCGCCCUAAACUGCAAGAUCUCACCAGUAGACUCAAGGCUGCACGCAUGACAUGCCCUCUGUUCGAUACAGCACGUUGGGUGAAGAAUCUGGAGCGGGCAUAUUUAAAGAUGUGGAAUAUCUACUGCUGUGGCCAACACCCUCAACCCUUCAAAGUGACUGAGAAUGACUCUGAAUUCCCUAGUACCAUUGGUCACUGAGAUCGGAAUAUCUGAGCAUAGACCGGCCUGCCAAAAAGAUUGGUCAUGCCAUAGACAUCUGCCUACCUAUCAUAUUAUGAAACUGGUCAUCAUAAAAUAUGUAUGAAUUGAAUAUGAGAAGUCUAGGGAGUGUAGAGCCUACCUAACAUAUUAUGAGAUUGGUCAUGUCAACAUAUUUGUGAAUUGAAUAUGAGAAGUCUAGGGAGUGUAGAUUGAGCUGUGUAGUAUAGUGGGUCGGAUUCUAACAACCAAAUUUCUCUGUGCUCAUGAAGUUUUGUGCUAGCUCUCCCUGUUUUCCCGACAAUCAUGCGCACACACUUGCAUCUGCAGUAGAUAUUAUACUCAGAGAUAAAUAGCAAGUACUAUGCUAUGUAUUUAUGUGGACAAUAAUAAUCACAGCUAAAGUUAAAUCUCAC